GUAGCCUGAGCUGGAGUCCUCGCGUGAGCCGAGCCUCACCGAAUCGUUUCCAGCGCGUUCUGCGCCCUUUUCAUUUUCGGUGACUUUGGUUACGUAAGAGAUUAAGAGUGUGUGAAGGUGGAGAUGUUUGGAGCGGACAGUUUUUCUGGCAUUAGGCUGCCUGCACGCACACACCAUGAGGCUGCCUACUAAAGGCUGAAGCUGGAGCCUCGUUCCACCGUGCGUCCUGCACCGUCAACAUGCCCACCUUUUCAGUCAUGUAUAAAGGAGCCGUCAUCAUUAGCAGGACAUUAAUGGGUCCAUUCGGAGUAGACAGAGCUGUUCAUUCCAUGGAGUUCACUGACUGUGAGAAUGGCCUGGGGAUCAAAGUGAUUGGUGGAGUGAAGGAGCAAACCGGAGAGGAGUUUGGAGUCUACGUCAAACGGAUCCUACCGGGAGGCGUCGCAUCCUACGACGGAAACCUGUUGCCGGGAGACCAGAUCUUAGAAGUUAACGGGGACAGUCUUGUAGGAGUCACAAGUGACAGAGCUGUGGACGUCUUGAGAGCAGCCUCCGCAACCAAUCACAUGCGCCUUCUCAUAGCCAGAGACGAGGAAGCAAAGAGAGAGUUCGCUGAGCUGCUGGAGAAGUAUGGCUCUAAUGGAAGCACAGGAUCAACACGCAACUCCCCCAUACAGCAAGGAGGCCGCUACCUGGAGAGCACUUCCUCUGGCUCCUCGUCUCGCUCCCAGAGUCCUUUGCUGCUGAGCCCAGCUGGCACUCAGAACAUGUACAACAGCAGCGGGCCCAUGUUGCGCUCCCUCAGUCAUCCAGGUGAAGGAGUGAUCCAGCUCAUCUCAGUGGCGCGAUCCAGCAGUUUGGGCAUCACCAUCGGGGGAGGCUCCAACAAACCUGACGGCCCCGCGGUCUUCAUCCAGGAGGUGCUGUCGGGGGGAGACUGUCACCGGGAUGGACGUCUGCGGCCUGGAGAUCAGCUCAUUGCUGUGAACAAGGAGUCCUUGAUAGGUGUGACCCACGAGGAGGCGAAGAGCAUGCUGAACAAAGUCAAAUCCAGCCCAGACAGUGCUGUGGAGAUCGCCUUCAUCCCAGGGAAAGGACUUUUUCCGAGCAGCGCGUCUCUCCACAACGGGGUGCAGCGGGCUGCAGGCAACAGCUACAACUCUGGACACUUAAAAGUCCACAUCAGAUCUCCUGAGAUGUGUGCAGAGGAGCCGGCCCCGGUGUCCUCUGCGUCCCCGGACAUCUGCCCUCCAGAUAUUCAUAUUUCAGGUUCCACAAGUCAGAGUUUGCCAACGGGGGCCAAACCUAAGAUAACACUGGACCCCUACAUACGCCUCAAAUCAGACAAGUUAGACUUGGCUUUGACCUUCCUCGGUUUGGACGUCACAGAAGAAAAGAGGAAGAAACUGAGACAAAGCCUGACCGCAGACCCACAAGGCACUGUGGCCUAUGGAGACUUCGUGGAGGCCACGCGUAACAUCUUCCAAGAGAAUCUGGAGGAGCUGGGUUUAGGGGCGGAUCCCUUCAUGUUCUCCUAUCAUGAAGCAGCGAGUUUGAUGGACACGUCCGCCUUCCACUCCCCCACGUAUGAAUCAGAAUGCAGCUACAGCAGUGAGGAGAUGGAGCAGUUUCAGACAGAGGUGAAGCAGCUCCACACCCAGAUGAAGCAGCUCAAGCUGAUGCUGAAGGACAUGGAGCACAGCAAGAAGACUCUGGAGGAGGAGCUGCAGAAGACCUCGGAGAAAGCAGGUCUGACUGUGGAGGAGAACGCCCGUCUGAAGAGCCGUCUGCAGGCAGCCGAGGCAGAGGCCGAGCAGCGGCUUGGGGGACAGGCGGGGGGGCAGCGACAGCCCAGCAGCGCCGAGCAGGACUACGAGGAGGUGAUCCAGCUACUGGAGGCUGAGAUCAGAGACCUGAAGAACCAGGUGGCCUGCAAGAGGCCAGCCCGGAGCCUGGAGUCCACUAAGGAGGAUGUGCAGGAGCUCAACUGGAGGAUGACUUCUAUCGACGGCCAGCUGAGGAAGUCUGAGCUGAGCAGGAAACACCUGGAGGUCUCCAACAAGAAGCUGCUGGGCUUCGCUCAGAACGUCCACAAAGUGCUGACCACACCCAGCCUGUUCGGUGGAGAAGGCGGGAGCAGCUGGUCCUCUACAGCUACCGACACCCCC